AUGGAGAGCGCUACGCUCAACAUCGAUGGACAUAGCAUCAAAACACAGCAGUCGCUGAAAUACCUGGGUGUCAUGAUAGACUCGAGAUUAAGCUACAAGGUGCACAUUGGUAAAGCCUGUGAGAAAGCGGCAAGAGUGACCACGGCUCUAACAAGACUAAUGGCUAACAUCGGCGGACCGAUCCAAAACAGACGAGCGCUUCUAGCAAAAGUGAGCCAGUCCAUACUAAUGUAUGCAGCACCCAUCUGGGGGCCCGCGUUGCAGCGCAAGACUUACGCGAAGGCGGCAAAGUCGGUGUUCCGACUAAAUAGCAUCAGGGUGACUAGCGCCUUCCGUACUGUGCCACACGAGGCGGUCGGAGUCUUAGCUGGCAUCAUGCGCCCAGAAAUAAUGGCCAUGGAGCUAAAAAGAGUCUUUGAUAAGUCCCGAAACUUAGGCAGGACACGCAUUUACUUGGAGACUCCGAAGGUUAUGGUGGACAUAAGUUCAGCCAGCACAUUCAAUGGCUCACAUGCCACUGCCUCUGGCUACACGCUGGAUAUCGGAAUAUUACAAAAUAAAUAG